AUGGUCCCAAAUGAAACCCAACAGUAUAUUGGGAUUGUUCGGUUGCUCAAGCAUUUUGGAUGGACGUGGGUUGGGCUUUUUGUUGUGAAUGGUGACAGUGGAGAACAUUUCUUGGAGGUGUUGGAACCGUUGCUUUCCCAAAAUGGUAUUUGUUUGGCCGUCACCAAAAGAAUAAAAAAACAAAGCUAUUGGAAUAGGUGGGAAGAAGUUAUGGAUUUAAUUUCAAAUGUAUUCCAACCUUUAGCCCAUAGCAAAGCUAGGGCAUUUGUCAUCUAUGGAGAAUCUAUGACUGCUAUAUCAUUGAUCACCCAGGUAGCUCUAGCAGAUUUUGAAUAUAAAGAAAACGCAGCAUUAAGAAAAGUGUGGAUUACAACUGCACAAAUAGAUUUUGUGUUGACAGGCCUUCAGUGGGGAUGGGAUUACCAAUUCCUCCAUGGUGCAAUUUCCUUCACAAUUCACUCAAAGGAGAUUCCAGGGUUCCAGACAUUUCUUCAUGACAUAAAACCUGAUUGGACUAAAGGAGAUGGUUUUUGCAAAGAAUUCUGGGAGCAAGCAUUUUUCUGCUCAUUUCUAAAUUACAGCAAGAAAAAGAAUGCCUAUAAAGUAUGUUCUGGGCAGGAGAGGUUAGAGAGUCUCCCUGCGCCUAUUUUUGAAAUGCACAUGCUUGGACACAGCUAUGGUAUCUAUAAUGCUGUCUAUGCCAUCGGACAUGCUCUGCAUGCCAUUUACACAUCUCGAGCCAAACACAGGGCAGUAGCGGGUAAAAAAAAGGUUGACCUUCAAGAAGUCCAGCCUUGGCAGCUCCACUUGUUUCUUCAAGGCAUUUCGUUUAACAACUCAGCCGGAGAAACUGUGUCCUUUAAUGAGAAGAUGGAAAUAGGGGCUGGAUUUGACAUUACAAACCUGGUCACUUUCCCAAACAGGUCUUUCCACAGAGUGAAAGUUGGACAGGUGAACCGCAAUGCCCUCGGAGGAGAAGAAUUCAUUAUUCACGAGGAUAUAAUUGAGUGGCAAACAAGUUUUAAUCAGAGUGUACCCCUUUCACUGUGCAAUGACCCAUGUGUUCCUGGUUAUCAGAAGAAAAAGAAAGAAGGAAAGAAAUUUUGCUGUUAUGAUUGCAUGCUGUGCCCAGAAGGGAAAAUUUCGAGCCAAAAGGACUUGGAUGACUGCAUCAAAUGCCCAGAAGAUCACUAUCCAAGCAAGGUUCAGGAUCAAUGCAUUCCCAAAGAGAUGAGCUUUCUGUCUUUUGAAGAACCUUUAGGGAUCAGUUUAGCUUCUGUUGCUGUUUCUUUUGCCCUGAUCACAGUCUCAGUGCUUGGGACUUUUAUUAAGCACAGAGAUACCCCCAUCGUCAAAGCCAACAACCGGAAUAUCACUUACAGUCUCCUCACCUCUCUUCUGCUUUGCUUCCUCUGUCCCUUGCUCUUUCUUGGAAGACCUAAAGAGGUGACCUGCUUCUUCCAACAAUCAGCUUUUGGCAUUAUCUUCACAGUGGCUGUUUCUUGCAUCUUGGCCAAAACCAUCACGGUGGUUGUAGCUUUCAUAGCCACGAAACCUGGGUCUAAAAUGAGAAAAUGGGUAGGGAAAAGACUGACCAACUGCAUUGUUCUUUCCUGCUCCAUUGUCCAAAUGUGUAUCUGUGCAGUGUGGCUAGGAAUCACUCCCCCAUUCCCAGAUAUAGACACAAAGUCAAUGGCUGAAGAGAUCAUAGUAGAAUGUAAUGAGGGUUCUGUUACCAUGUUUUACAUUGUCCUGGGCUACAUGGGCCUUCUGUCCCUCAUCAGCUUGACUGUGGCUUUCUUUGCCAGGAAAUUGCCGGACAGUUUCAAUGAAGCCAAGUUUAUCACCUUCAGUAUGCUGAUCUUUUGCAGUGUUUGGGUGUCUUUUGUUCCAAGCUAUCAGAGCACAAAUGGGAAAUGCACGGUAGCUGUAGAGAUCUUCUCUAUCUUGGCCUCCAGUGCAGCGUUGCUUGCUUGUGUUUUUUCCCCUAAAUGCUACAUUAUUGUACUGAGGCCUGAGCUAAACAAGAGGGAGCAGCUAAUAAGGAGAAAGAAAGAAAUUGUCCCAUGA